AUGUAUUUCUAUCGUUACGUCCUUCUCGGAGCGACUGUCAUCAACUUGAUCAUCUUUUUGACGGGCCUUUUUCUUGGAAUUUUCUUCUCCGAACUUCUUUUACUUUCACUUUUCUUGACAUCAUUUGGUCUCCUUGGGAUGAUUUUGUUGUCUGUUUGCUGGUUUAUCAAACCAAAGUUCUUUGUUGGCCGACUUUUACUUAAAGAAAAACAAAAAGAAGAAAGUUUCUGUAUUGAGUCAAAAAUCGAUCAAGAAGUGACAGAGGAUUUGAUGAGAAAUAUUCGUGGGAUUCCUUUUCUAAUUCAGGCAAUUCAAUACUCAAUGGAAACGUCGUAUUUCCGUGACAUGAUGGGUGAGAUUGGAGAGGGUAUCGUUCAAACCUCGGUGAUUCACACAGCACCCGCUUGCACAAGUAUGCUGGAUUCAGGGAGUACAACAAGGAAUACAGUGACACCAAGAAGCUCACUACAAAAUCACAGGCACUCAGCUGAAGAGCAAUGGCUGGAGAAUGGAGAGAACAAUUGGAGGAAUGAACAGCUGAGAUUGAGUCUGCAACAAUCAUCGUCGAAUAUUAUUGUGUUCCCAUUGUGUGAGGCGAGUCCCCAGAGAAACUCUAUUGAGCCACCGAUUGAGCACGACUUUUCUCGGAUUGAAAGCAUUCGACGAAAUCACGGUCCAAAACCGAAAACGGCCAACAAUCAGUUUCAAGUUCGUUGCAUUGGAAUGAGUGCGGCUUUCAUCGAAAGAUUCAACACCGCUAUGCAAACCUCCACUGAUGCU